GCCUCCAGGACUUACCCACAUGACGUGUACAUAGAACCGGUUUUUCUACGCAGUAGUCUGACCAAGCUUCAUUGAAUGGAUUCAGUUGUACGGAUUUAAUUGAGCAACCAGUUAAUUAAAGAUGGCGGACGAAGGAAAAUCUGAGAGAAUAAGACUAGUCAAGAAGGAUGCUGAUCACUCAGAACUGGAGGCUAUUUUCCAAACUACGUCCGAGUCGCACCCGGACACAGACAGGGCCGGCAGGUUCUCCUCCAAACUCGGCCUCAUCAUCAGCUGUGUGGGCUGCGCUGUGGGAACGGGAAAUCUCUGGCGCUUUCCGAGAAUUCUGGCUAAUAACAGUGGAGAGAAAGGAUGUCUGCAGUUUCUACUGGUCUGGUUGGUGUUCCUGUUCCUGUGGUCCAUGCAGUUUAUCAUUAUGGAGUACGCCAUUGGUCGGUUCACCAGGAGGGCUCCACCAAUGGCAUGGCACGAUCUACUGGGUGUGAAGUCCACAUGGCUUGGGGGCUGGAUAAGCAUAGUAAACUUUUUGAUGACUUGCUACUACGGAGUCGUCGUCGGAUGGUCUAUUCACUACAUGUACUACUGCAUCUUUCACCCCCUACCAACAAACUUUGAAGAGAGCAGUCAGAUCUGGAAAGCGUUUGCUGAGGAAAGCAGCUGGCCUGUACUAUUACACUUCUUAGCUACUGCUGCAUCUGUCCUUGUGAUGUGGAAAGGAGUAAACAGCAUCGAACCAGCCAUGAAGGUCAUGAUUCCCGGACUCUUGAUUUUGGUCAUCACAGCGUUUAUCUGGGCUCUAACCCAACACAACGCAGGGACUGCACUUGCCUUCAUUUUCACACCAGACUGGCAACUAUUGGGUACCCCCAGACUAUGGAUUGACGCCCUGUCCCAGAACGCAUGGGAUACAGGAGCAGCAUGUGGGAUUUUCCUGGUGUAUGGAGCGAGCAUGACCCAAAGCAUGGGACCUGUGAAGACAGGAGCUCUCAUACCAUUCCUCAACAACACUGUAAGCCUGAUGUCUGGCACGAUGGUGUUCUGUACCGUGUUUUCCACCUGGACCAAAGUUAGUCCCGGAGGAGACAAGGACGACCUGAUGAAACUCCUGAAGACGAACGGGCCUGCCAACACAGGACUCACCUUCGUCUGGAUGCCGAUUCUAUUCUCCACCAUGACCGGCGGCCGAGUGAUGGCGUCCCUUUACUUCCUCAUGGUAGUGGUGGCAGGGUUCAGUAGCUACUUCACCGCGAUGAACAGUACUGCUCAGGUUCUUGUCGACUGGGGAGUGAGAAGAAACGUGGCAUCAGUGGUUGUGGGUACACUAGUGUUCCUCCUGGGCGUCCCCAGUGCUGUCAACGUUAGCUUUCUUGCAAUCCAGGACUUUAUAUGGGGCGCUGCAUUAAUCAUCUCAGGGUUGGUUUUCAUCUACCUGUUCUGGAGAUACGGGUCAUUGAACUUUCGCCUCAACCUGCUGAACGAGGCAGGAGAUGGCUCCGACUGGAAACUACCUAAAGCUUGGGAAUGGCUUGUCAAAUACGUGUUACCAGUUGAGGGUCUAACGUUACUGGUGUGGUGGGUCGUCAGUACUGUACGGAACGAGAAAAUCCCCUGGUACCAGCUGGGAGAAGGGUCUCUGAUGACAGCAAUCCUGGGGUGGUUCGUGGUUGGGUUGGUUCUCCUGGGUCUGAACCUGGUGUUUGUCCGGUACCGAGCCCGCAUGUCCCGCUGGUGGUCUUCACUCAUCGCCAAACAGGAGGACAUCCCCGCCUGCUGCUGUGGUCACAGACAGGACAGAGGAGACCGCGACAACCCCAUGACCAUGACAGACAAGGCUAAAGAGGCACCAGUUCUAGAGUAUAACACGAUAGAUUGAUUGUUGUCUUACCGUAACAACGCGUACGUUUCUCAACAGCUUCUUGUUAAAUGUUCUAUACUGGUCUAUUUACCGUUUUCUGUAUUAAUGUUAUAAUGACUACUAUGCAUUAGGAUUAAUCACAUUGACAGUUUUGAGAGGAAGCUUCUUGGAUGUUGGAGAAUUUUUACACAAGCCGUAUGAACUUACUUUUCUAACGUUUUGAUGACUCUCGAUGACACCUUCGUCAGAGCUUCUGACUGGAGUUCCGUUUCUCGACGCUAUAUGUAGCCGAUGUAGGUGUCGCUCUUACGGCGAGAACACAAUCCUAAACAUAGCUAAACUUUAGAAAAGUAAGUACAUGUGGGUUGAGUAAAAAGAAUUUUUCUAUAUCCUAAACCAACCUUAUAGAAUUAUUUUCGGGAGAAAUCUUCAUGCUGUUUUGUGUAUUUAUUACUUUGAAUAUCAAUAAAGCAGGCAGGUGAUGUCCACCAUAUUGGUGUCCUUGAUUUGCAUUUCAAAGAUUGUAUUUCAUGCGUUAACAGUAUUUUUGUGUUAAUGUUUCAUUGGAAAGUUUACAUAUAUUAUUCUGAUAGUUCUUUCUUUGCGAGGGUUAGACGGUUUUUCAGUGGCGGAAAUGUUGGAACAUAAGUCCAGAAGUGUAAGCUAUACUUCUUAGUUGUGCUGUGUUAGUUAC